GAGUGGGAGUGAGAGACAAGCAUAAACCAAAGAGGCCUCCUCCGUCUCAUAAUAGUUUUCCCUAAUACUCUCUCGCAUUGAGACGUUCCAGUUGCCCAACCGCUCCAGACUCGCACCCAAAAUCCACCACUUCUACUGGAUCCAUCUCUCCACUUCCCCUACCAGCUCAAACGACGCCGUCCAGCUCCUCCAUCCCCCUCACCAAACCCUCGUCUUCCAAAUUCAAUCCCAAUCCCAAUCCCAAAAUUCAAUCAAUCCCUUCAAUCUAUCUUCUCUCUUGGGAAGAAACCCCCAAUUCGUCCCUACGUGAAUUCCUUACAUGCGCGUACUGCCUGUUCGUUUCGAUUGCAAUUAAAAAAAAAAUCAUUUUUUUCUGAAUUUUUUUUUUAAAGUUUCGAUUUUUUUGUUUGGGGGGAGAUAAAUAAUCCAUGGAGGAUUGCUUGGUCAGCGACGAGGAGUACUAUUACUCCGAUCAGGACUCUCUCGACGUCAUCGAGAACGAAGACUGUGAUCUUCAGUGGAUUCCCCCCAAGGGCGCCACUACUAAGGUUUUCUGAUUGUUUUCUGGGGUUUUCAGCUCUUUCCUGCAAUCAAUAGGAGUUGAAUUUCAAUUAUUUAUUUACCGUAAUUUUUUAUGGGUUUUCAUGGUAUUAAUAAAAUCUGUGUAUAUUUUGCUUGUUUUGUUUGUUUGCGUGCAUAUAUAUGUUGUUUGUUUCAAUUCGGAAAGACCUAACUUUUUGGUGUAUUGGAAUUUGGGUUGCUUUUCACUCUCUUAAUAACUUUCGCAUUUUUUUCGACAUUUUGUAUCAUUAUUGCUGUUGGGUAUUUCUUUCAAAUAAGUUUUGGCUCUGUUGUUCUGUACUUAUUUGGGAGUUUGACGGUGUUUCUGUACUGUUGCAGGUGAUUACCAAAGAAUCUCUUUUAACUGCACAGAAGGAGGAUUUGCGCAGGGUGAUGGACAUGCUAUUCCUUAGGGAGCACCAUGCCAGGACUUUACUUAUUCAUCAUCGCUGGGAUGUCGAUAGGCUUUUUGCAGUGUAUGUAGAUAAGGGAAAAUCUUGGUUGUUUGCUGAAGCAGGUGUAACUGUCGUUGAGCAUCACGAUCUUGAUCCAUCACCUCCCAAUUCACCACUAAUGUGUGCUAUUUGUAUAGAAGAUGUACCUAGUAAUGAGACGACAAAAAUGGAUUGCGGACAUUGCUUUUGCAACACUUGUUGGACAGAGCAUUUCGUCGUAAAGAUAAAUGAGGGUCAAAGUAAGCGCAUUAGGUGCAUGGCUCACAAAUGCAAUGCCAUUUGUGAUGAAGCCGUUGUCAGAAAUCUAGUCAGUAAGAGGCAUCCCCAGCUUGCUGAAAAAUUUGACCGUUUUCUUCUUGAGUCAUAUAUUGAAGACAAUAAAAGGGUUAAGUGGUGCCCAAGCACUCCUCAUUGUGGGAAUGCAAUACGCGUCGAGGAUGAUCAGUUUUGUGAGAUAGAAUGUUCAUGUGGUCUACAAUUUUGUUUCAGUUGUUUAUCACAAGCUCAUUCACCUUGUUCAUGUUUAAUGUGGGAGCUUUGGGCCAAGAAGUGCCGAGAUGAAUCAGAGACAGUUAAUUGGAUCACAGUUCAUACAAAACCUUGUCCUAAAUGUCACAAACCCGUGGAGAAGAAUGGUGGCUGCAACCUUGUGAGCUGUAUCUGUGGACAAGCAUUUUGUUGGCUAUGUGGUGGAGCGACUGGUCGAAACCAUACAUGGUCAAGUAUUGCAGGUCAUAGCUGUGGUCGGUACAAAGAAGACAAAGAAAAAAAUGCUGAGAGGGCAAAGCGGGAUCUUUACCGGUAUAUGCACUAUCAUAACCGGUACAAAGCUCAUACUGAUUCCUUUAAGCUUGAAAGUAACUUGGAGGAGAGUAUACAAAAGAAGGUGUCAAUUUCAGAGGAGAAGGAUUCGAAUCUCAGAGAUUUUAGUUGGGUAAACAAUGGACUCUCCAGACUUUUCAGAUCAAGGAGGGUUCUUUCAUAUUCGUACCCAUUUGCUUUUUAUAUGUUUGGAGAAGAGCUGUUUAAGGAUGAGAUGACAAAGGAGGAAAGGGAAAUAAAACAAAAUUUGUUUGAGGACCAGCAGCAGCAACUUGAGGAAAAUGUUGAGAAAUUAUCCAAGUGUUUGGAGUCGCCUUUUGAUCAGUAUAGUGAGAAUGAAGUUAUGGAUAUAAGGAUGCAAGUGAUCAAUCUCUCAGCAGUUACAGAUACCCUAUGUCAGAAAAUGUAUGACUGUAUUGAGACUGAUUUAUUGGGCUCUCUACAACUUGGUAUCCACAACAUAGCUCCUUACAAGUCAAAGGGCAUUGAGAAGGCAUCAGACCUUCCCGUUAGUUGGGUCAAUAAUGCUGAUAAAGGUCUAGCGUUGCAUUGCGGCACAAGCGGUAAUGUUUUAACCUGAAGUUGAUAUCAAAAAUUGAAGGCUUUUUUGCUUCUUCUGUGGAGGAUCGACAGAACUGGAACAACCUUCAGGUUUUGGAAGUUCAGAUGAGAGUGGAUGCUCUUCUCGGAAGCGUGCUAGGAAGGAGGGUCUUGGAGGUGGUUUUGAUCUAAACUUGCCAGCAGAGGUUGACAGAUCUGAUUCAUGAAAGUCGCGCGCUUCCUACAGAAAAAAGGUGUACAGUCUCUAACGUAAGACCCUAUUUUUCUAUGAUGGUAUUAUCAUUAUUAAACACAUAAGCACUCUAAGUUCUAAGCUCCCAAGUGCUCUGAGUUUUCCCAUUCUUAUCCUUUUUGCUUCCAUCUGUUUCUCGUGGAAGAGAAAUUCGGAGAUCCUUGUAUCUAGAUCUAUUUCCUUUUCGAAAAUGCGUAUUUUGUAGAUAAAGUUAUGGGGGUGCUUUUCGGGGGAGCUAAAAUGUAAAUUUUCCAACUGAAUCAUGAGCUAUUCUUAAGUUAUCUUGGGAUAAAAUUCAAAAUUUUUGGAGACUGGAAAUAAUCUAACUCGUAUAAUUUUUUUUUA